UUUUCUCUUCAAAGAACCCCUUUUCUCUUCAAAGAACCCAGAAACCCUAAAAGCUUCGAAGAACCCCAGCCCCUCAUCCCAGCCCUCCGCGAAGAACCCAACCCUCCAAAGAACCCCAGCGCUCGCAAUGCCUCCGUCGUUACUCUCUUUUUCGGAACUCCCACCAUCGCUGCUCCUUCGGCGGUGACUCUCGUAGGUGGUUACUCUUUCGGCGCUCACCGUCCGUCGCAAGCCCUCCGUUGAUGGCCAAAAGAAACCCUUCCGUGGAGCUGUUUUGAGACCUCUGGCAUCAUUGCUGGUUUUUCUCAGAUUCCCUUCGCCACCAUUCUCUGAUUGAUAUGAAAGGGAAGCGCUAGGGUUUUUUUAUUAGUAUAAGGUUUUCCUUUGCUCUCUGCUCGUCGACUCCCCUGCUCCUUCUCCCAGUCCCGAUUGGAGAUGCCUCUGAAGAGGGAAAGCUCAGUGGAGGUGUAAAUAAGGAAGGAAUCAAGUACUAUAAUAACCUCAUCAGUGAGCUACUAGCUAAAGGUUCAUCAUAUUGUAUAUGUGGCUAAAAUAUUUGAUUAUUUAAUCCAAUCUUUUCUUUUUCUGUUUCAAUAAUUUAGGCCUAAAAUAUGAUAUUAGUACCUUCCAUUUGGAACUCAAUGUAGAUAUUCAACCUUUUGUGACUAUUUUACAUUAGGACAUCCCUCAAGUCUUAGAAGAUGAAUAUGGUGGCCUUUUAAGUCCUAAGAUAGUGUAAUUCAAAUUUCUUACUUAUAUUUGUCAAAAGAUUUUUAAAGAAUUCGGAGACAGAGUGAAGCAUUGGAUCACAGUCAACGAGCCAUGGUCUAUUGGAAAAUUCGCCUACGCAAUUGGAGCUUAUGCACCUGGAAGAUGUUCAUCAUGGCAAAACCUUAAUUGCAGUGUUGGGUGAUUCUGCCACUGAACCUUAUAUAGUGUCACAUUAUCAGUUACUAGCUCAUGCAGCUGCUGUUAACAUCUACAAGACUAAGUAUCAGACUAUAUUUGAUAAUAUUCUUAAUCGUAAGAUACCAUGGCCUGCAGUUCCUGAAGAAAUGAGUCCUGAAGCUCAAGAUCUUAUUGAUCGAUUAUUUACUGAAGAUCCUAACCAAAGACUUGGAGCUAGAGGUGCAUCAGAGGUGAAAGAACAUGUUUUCUUUAAGGAUAUAAAUUGGGACACACUUGCUAGACAGAAGGCUGCGUUUGUUCCUGCUUCUGAGAGUGCUCUAGACACUAGUUACUUCACUUCUCGCUACUCAUGGAAUACUUCAGACGGUCUUGUAUAUCAUGCAAGUGAUGCUGAGGAUUCUAGUGAUGCUGAUAGCUUAAGUGGUAGCAGUAGUUGCUUGAGCAAUCGCCAAGAUGAAGUGGGAGACGAAUGUGGGGGUCUUGCUGAGUUUGAUUCCAGUUCAUCAGUCAACUACUCUUUUAGUAAUUUCUCUUUUAAACAGAGGGCAAUGUUCGUGGAUGAGAUUUGGCAUGCUACAGAGUACUGUGAGAAGUAUGCUAAAGCUGAAGAUGUAGGAGCUGCACCAGAAGAGAAAUCAAGUGAUGAUGAGGAAAUAAGUGAAGAUCAAUAUGAUUCAAGUGAUGAACAGGUUGCUGGUAAAGCAGAUCCUUAGCUGCUUCAAGUGAUGAACUUGGAAUUGUGGUCAAAGGGGGGAAUGCCCCAUAUUGUUGUUCAGUUUCAUGUCAAUGUAAAUAAUGUACCAUUGAUUUCCUGAUGCAAUCUUAGUUUCUUGUUGUGGCACUUUCAAAUUGAUGCAUUGUGCUUUUUAGCUUAGCGUGGUACUACCAUAAUAUGCACAAAUACUCUUCGUGUAA